GGGCUGACAAAGAAUGUAGUACCGUGGCUGUAUCUAACGGAUAACGCCUUGCUUCAUCACAAGACUUUUCUCUAUCUAUACGUCUCUCUAUAAUCCAUCAUACUAAAAACCAUUGCAACUUUAUUCUAUGAUUCAUCUCGGCCAUCAAACCAAAUUUAAGUUUAAGCGUUAUGUAUCUGCCUGAAAGGCACAGGCGUUGUUGGCAAAUGGCUUCCGUUAUUUUAUAGGCUCGGAGGCGAGCAAGUAUGGAAAGCAGGGAUGACUGUGUCUCUGAUAUUUAUUGAAUUAAAGAUGUAUAUCACAUUUAAUCAUGAUCAAGGACCUUGCUUAUUGCUUAAUCUUUUUCGGUUAGAUGAUGAUAGGUGCUAUAAAGGGUUUUGUGCACCGAUAUCGGCUCUAAAACAUACAUACUGGUGUUAAACAGUGAUUGCUAGAUGCGAGAUUUUGAAUCACACUCUACGGUACUUUUGCCUGAUAUACGGAAUGUAAACUAAAAGACCUAACUUAAAAUUUACGAAGCGGGAUAAUAGAAAUACUAACAGGUUCUAGAUACAACGCAGGAGAUGUACUGGACAUCUCGACUACAUAUCCCAAAUUGCAUUGUGUAAUGUAAGUCAAAGCCCCUUCAGUGUGUAUUUUCUCCUCCCACCGUCGCUGGUCCAAUAAACUCUGGAUCAAAAUGCUCAAAAGCAUCAGCUGACCGUUGCGUGAAAGAACUGGAAUGAGUCAUAAGAUAGGCUACAUUUAGCAGGUUUAAGAUGGACGCGAUUUUGAACUGCAAACCUGAAGAUCUGGAAGACUACUACGGUUUGCUUGGAUGCGAUGAACUGUCUUCGGUGGACCAGAUCUUGGCUGAGUUCAAAGUCAGAGCUCUAGCAUGUCACCCAGACAAGCAUCCGGAAAAUCCCAAAGCAGUAGAAAACUUUCAAAAGCUGCAGGAAGCCAAAGAAGUCCUGACUAAUGAAGACAGUAGAGCCCGUUAUGACUUUUGGCGACGCAGCAGAAUCACAGUCCCCUUCCAUGACUGGGAAGCCCUCAGCGACUCUGUCAAAACUUCAAUGCACUGGGCAGUGAACACCAAGAAGGAGCCCAUGCUGGAGGGCCCGGAAGAGAAAGCUGCUCUCGGCAGUGGUGAGCAGGCCUGGCACGUGGGGAAGGCAGAAGACAAGACCCCGGGUAAUGAGGGAGUACAGUCUCCUAACACACCAACAUCCCCAAAUGAGAACUACUGGCACUUGCGUUUUCGCUGGUCAGCUGAUACUCCAUCUGAUCUUCUGAGGAAAUUCCGAAAUUAUGAGAUCUAAAUCCACAUCAUGCUUCGUGGAGAUGUCUUGUUAGAGUUGAGUUGUCAACGUCCGUCUUUGCCUUGGGUUUAAUGUUUCACAGUUUUGUUGUCUCUGUAAAUAGUCUUAAAGUGUAAGAAUAGACGAAUGCAUAGAUGCUGCACAAAAACCAAUGUGAUAAGUCCAUUUCCUGAUCACUUGUGACUGCAGUAAUGUAUUAUCAGUAGUAGUAGUGAGCUAGGACUACCCUAGCCAACCUUCUGGAAAUGCCAAAGAUUUUAAGGUAAAUCUAGAGAUGUUGUUAUUACGGAAAAUAAUAUAUCCAGUACAUUAUUCCGCAUCUGUAUGUGUUUUCACUGAAAAGGUCGUGCAAAUCAUUUAGUUUUAAUUUUGUCUUUUGGGUAUUUAUUGAGUUUGAUCCUUUUGAUAAAAACAUUAUGGCACAUAAAUGCAUAUGAAUUAUAUCUUUACUUAUUGGUAAUCAGUUAUUUUUGAUUGUAUGAGGCUGAUAAAUCCCCUGUUAUGCAUUGAUGACUGUGUUUUGUGUAUUAUUAAUGUUGUUUGUUGUUAUAUGAAUAUCUAUGAGUAGAGAUGCCUACAGUAUGUACUAGUUUUUUAAUCUUAAAGUAUUAUCAUAUCUUCAUAUUAUUAUAUAUUUGAUUAAGGUUUUGUAUUGGUCUUUGUUGCAAAAUGUGACAUUUUAGUAACAUUGGGUGGACAUUUCAAUACAAUAAAUGUAUUUACUGAAAA